AUGAUGGGGUCUGUCGAUCCGGCCGCCAGGAAAUUAAGGCAGGGCCCUGUGGUUGUGAGCGAGCGGAACGCCACCCAGAGACCCUUUCACUGCGCCCUGAUCGGCUACGCCCUGAUCAGCUACGCCCUGAUCAGCUACGCGGUCGCCGCGUCAGUGCAGCGCAAGACACAUCACCCUGUUCUCAUUCACUACAAAUCCCUAAUCUCCUACUACAUGCGUUUGGGGUCCAAAUGUGAUCGAUCGAUGGUGAGCUCUCAGGGCCCUCUUGCGCCAGCUCACGGGGGCCUUCCACGGCGCCAAGAAAGCCAGCGGGUGUCCAAGACGCAAUGUGGCACAAAGAGCAGCAAGGCCGCGUGGGCAGGCGUGGCGACCGUAAGCUCCGAGAAUGUACGUGGACUGCGUACGUAUGCUCUGUUCCUUAACGCCGCCGGUGUUCGAGAUCGAGGUGCAGAAGCUUGGCAGAUCGACAGUUCGCCGGUAUGUAGGGGGAAAGUCAAUUGUCCAUAUGAGGUGAAUGGGGUUGGGUUGGCAUCACGACAGCACCUCGCCCCGGGUCUUUUUAUCUUUCAAAUUCUCAAAUCACACGUCGCUGCCUUGCGUAGCUGGACGGAGGAGUCUCCGCGAUUCUCACAGACGAGCGCUACAAUAUACUAUCUAUGGAUGUCUCGGGGCGGGGCGGGCCCUGUGGACGCGUACGAGUACGAACCGAGCCCUACAGACUAA